AUGACCAACUUGUUUUUAAGAUUUCAGAUUUGGAUCCUACAGGACUUGGUACCCUCGAUUUUCUUUUGUUUCUAACUGAGGUAGUCAGAAGAGUCUAUUCUUUAAACAGUUUCGAAAAAUUUCUGUAUCCAUUUAACCAUUUUUAUAAAUUAUUCCCACCUUUCUUUUAAUUAUAUUUUCCCUUUAAAGUGAAAACUUAAUCAUUCUUUUGGUUACUGUAAGCUAUUUCCCCCUAUAGGUUGGUUUUUGCAGCCACCAGUUUGGCAGUUUCCAUGACCAAAAAAUAGUACUAUUUAUGCUGAAUGUUCUUGCUACUUGCUGGAUUAAUUUUGGGGUUUUGUUCUUUGAUUCACUUUGGUGAUUAUAGUAUACAAAUGACAUGCAUGAUAAGUUAUUGGUAAUUUUUGUCUUAUCCUUUCAUCUAUCAACCUGUGUUGUUAUUUUGUGACAUUACUGUUUUUUCCACAAUAAUCUCCCUUGAUUGCUGAAUCCGGGUCAACUUCUUUUCUCUUCUGGGUCAAAUUUCCACUCACCCCAUUUUACACGGCAUGCCUUGUGUUUGAGUAAAUGUCACAGUGAGACCAAAUCUCAAAGUUCAGCACAAAUUGGUUGUAUUUUGGGGUAUGUUCUCUUUCUUUUUCCUCUCUUGUUUCAAGUUUGGUGCCAAGUUUGUUCCUUUGGAUAUAAAAUAAUCACUGCAAAAGCUACUCUACUUUGGGUCUUUCUUGCCUGCUUGAAUAGAGAUUGAGGUGCUUUCUGGGGUGUUGGAAUUUGGAGGAGAUGAAACAGAUAGGGUUUUAGGUUGUUUUUUUCACUUGGGGGUUUCAGAAAUAUGGGUUCUCAAGGUGGGGCAGUCCAAGAGGCACAGAGUGGUGGCUCUGGCUCCUUGGCUAGGCAAGGGUCAUUGUAUAAUCUCACACUUGAUGAGGUUCAAAACCAGCUUGGAAAUUUGGGGAAGCCAUUAGGAAGCAUGAAUCUUGAUGAGCUUCUAAAGAGUGUGUUUACGGCUGAGGCUGGAGAUUGUGGUGGUGGUGGUGGUGGUGGUGGUGGUCAAGCCUCUUCUGGAUUGGGUUCUGGGACUGAUGCUAACAUUCAGCAGCAGCAUGCUCAGUUAGCUUCGGUUUCAUCCCUGAAUCGACAAGGGAGCCUAACUGUUUCUGGAGAUCUUAGCAAGAAAACCAUUGAUGAGGUUUGGAGAGAUAUGCAGAAAAAGAAGAGUGGUGGAAACAGUAAUAAUAAUGAUAAGAAAACAAAGGAGACACCGCCAACAUUUGGCGAGAUGACCCUGGAGGAUUUCUUGGUGAAAGCAGGAGUUGUUGCUGAGUCUUUUGCUACUGAGGAUAAUGCUAUGUCAAGGGUUGAUUCCAAUGUGGCUUCUCAGCACAAUGUUUCUGAUCAAGUACAUUGGAUUCAAUACCAAAUCCCAUCAGUGCAGCCGGCACCGCAUCUCCAGCAUAAUCAGCAUCAGAAGCAGCAGAAUAAUAUGAUUGCUGGUUAUAUCGCUGGCCCUGUGGUUCAGCAGUCUUUUCCUGUUGUGGUGAAUCCGGUUCUGGAUGCUGGAUACACCGAGACAAUGGUGACUAUGUCGCCAUCUUCUUUGAUGGGUACAUUAUCAGAUACCCAGACUCCGGGUCGGAAAAGGGUUGCCUCUGGUACUGUUGUUGAGAAAACUGUGGAGAGGAGACAGAAGAGGAUGAUAAAGAAUAGGGAAUCUGCUGCGCGGUCGCGUGCUAGAAAACAGGCUUACACACAAGAACUGGAGAAUAAAGUUUCCCGUUUAGAAGAAGAAAAUGAAAGGCUUAAAAGACAGCAGGAGAUAGAGAAGGUGUUGCCAAGUGAGCCACCACCAGAGCCCAAGCGUCAACUUCGCCGGACGAGUUCGGGACCCCUUUGAAUGCCCUCACUGUGUUCUCAUUUGCAAAAUAUAUAUAUUCGACACUAUAGUUUGCACAGUUAGAAGGGUGGUUUUCUCAUUAUGGUAGUGCUGCUGUUAGUUCUCCUAAGCAUGCUCAUUUGUAAGAGUGUUUUUCUUGAAUGUACAUUUCAUAUAAGCCAAACUUUAAUUUACCAAGCACUAUAAAGUAUACUUUACUCUAAUUUUGGACACUGGCAAUGUGACUUCACAAAAAAGGUUUCUUUCUUUGUCAUCUUUGUGUUGUGUGUGGUGCAAAUUAUAAUCAAUAUAUAGUUGCAUUUUGUUUAAACCUGUAAUCUUUUGGUUUUUGAAACUGAUUCCAUGUACAGUGUACUUUUUCCUGCAAAGAUUUGUUUCUAAUUUUCUGUCAA